AUGCAUUUGGACACCAAGGCGCUGCGCCAUCUGGCGUCUGAGGACUGGAAAGUCCUCGCAGCUGUUGAGCAAGGCAGCAAAAACCACGAGCUGGUUCCGACCGUAUUGAUCGAGAAGCUGUCGCGACUCCGUGGUGGCGCAAAUGGCGUGCACAAGUCCAUCUCCAACCUCGCCAAGGUCGGCCUCAUUGCCCGCGUCAAGGAGGCCAAGUAUGACGGUUACCGAUUGUCCUAUGGAGGUCUCGACUACCUUGCCAUGCACACCUACUCGACGCGAAAGGAGGUCUACAGCGUGGGAAGCAGAGUCGGUGUUGGAAAGGAGAGUGACAUCAUGAUGGUUGCCGACGACAAGGGCAAGCAGCUCAUCCUCAAGAUCCACAGAUUGGGUCGCAUUUCUUUCCGUACCGUCAAGUCCAACCGAGACUAUCUCAAGAAGAACCAGUCGGGAUCAUGGAUGUACCUCUCGCGCUUAGCUGCCAUGAAGGAGUUUGCGUUCAUGAAGGCGCUCAAGGCAGAAGGCUUCCCCGUACCCGACCCCAUUGCCCAGAACCGACACACCAUCGUCAUGUCCUUCAUCGACUCCUUCCCCCUUCGCCAGAUAUCUGCAGUUCCGGACCCGGCUCCAUUGUACGCCGAGCUGAUCGAUCUGAUCCUGCGUUUGGCCAAACAUGGACUGAUCCACGGUGAUUUCAAUGAAUUCAACAUCCUGAUCAAGGAAGAGACGACCACCACGAAGACAGAGGAAGGCGAGGAGGAAUCCAUCAAGCUAGUUCCCAUUGUCAUCGACUUCCCACAAAUGGUUUCAAUGGAGCACACUAACGCUGAAAUGUACUUUGACCGAGAUGUCAACUGCAUCAAGCGAUUCUUCCAAAAGAGAUUCCACUUCACACCCACCACCCCGGGGCCCUUUUACAAGGAUGCAAAGAAAACGGUUGGAAAGGAUGGUGCGACCCGCCUCGACGCAACCGUCGAGGCAUCUGGCUUCACCAAGAAGAUGGCCAAGGAUCUGGAGAAGGCCAUUCAAGAGCAGGCCUCAUCCAAAGACAAUGACCUGGACGGCGAGGCUGGAGAGGAGUACGAUGAUGAUGAGGAGGAAGAUGAUGAUGAGGAGGACGUCGACGACGACGAGGCGGAGGACGAAGAGCCUGUUGUCGGUGGCCAUGAAGACAAGGCUGGCGAGGGACAGGAACAAAUAGAUACCCAAAAGUUUUCGAAGUUGACGGUAACGUAG